AUGUCCGAUGCAACAGAUGACGCUAAAUCUUUCGGUGCUUUCAAGAAGUCUUCCGAACCGGAUUCUGUGGUGAAUUUUUGGAAAGACAUCAAGGAUGGCUUUAUCCUCGCCAAAGAUAUUGGCGAUGUGGACAAGAUGUCGGCGGAUGAUCGAAACGAACUUCUCAGAUCGAACAAGGAUGUAAUUUUAGCGACACUCCUCGCCUUUUCGCAUCUGCAGAGAGUCUUGAGUAUGGCUGAGUUGGAAUAUUGCAUCGGGCGCAAAUACCUCAAGGAAUGUGAUGCCCGGAUGGCCCACAGCCAGGCAGGUGAAGCUUCGAAUCCAGCUGAUGUCGGCGGCGCCGGCGGUGCUCCUGAUUGCACCAAAGGUGAGGAGUUGGAGGAAGACUGCGAGGAGGACGAGGAACAGGAAGAGGAUGGAGAGCAAGAAAACGAGCAGCCAGAUGACGAUGACAAAGGACAGGAGCAAGAGAAGCCAGAGGCAGCAGGCCAGCAGGAGCAGCAGGUUAAAGGUGCGGCUGAGGACAAAGACGACAAAGACGACAAGAAGCGCAAGUGUCACGAAGAUGGGCCUUUGUGGACAGCCAUGCAGACGUUCAUUAGGCAUGCGAGGACUGAGCACGGAAAGUCCUACAGGGAAGCCCAGAACCUGUGGAAGCACAGUCUCAUUCGUGGGGUGCUCAUCGAGAGCAUUUCGGACAAGAAGCGGCCUCGAUCGCUGAUUGUCGUCUUGCUGCUGAUGAACUAUAUGGGCCUGUCUGAGAAGCAUAACGAUAAACUCGAUGUGCUGGAGCUCUUCGCAGGCUGGCAUUGGGAUAUGUUCGACGCCUACGCCAACGUGGCCUCGUGGUCCUUUCUCCGGUCUGCUUUGCUGAUGUUGGUCGUGCACACCAUGAAAGGGCUUGCCGUUCUGGAGCAACCAAGACAGUCGGUGUAUCGAGCGAGCUUUUGCAUGUCGUACUUCGCCUCUGCCACCAAAAAGCCCACCUAUCUCUAUGCCAACCAUGUCUUCCUGAAGGUCCUCUCGAAACACAUGCGAGCUCCCGGUGUUCUGAAGAAUGUGGUGACGAAGCAUCGAGACGUAAUUGGACGAACACGAGUGACCGGCAUCCCGAGUGAGGUGAAGCAAACCCAGCACUACACCCCGCAGUUUGCCGCUGCCCUCCUGGACAGCUGGCAGGAAGGUUGUGGUGAGGAUACUUGCACUGGCUGCGACAACGUGGGGAUUGAGUUCUUUGUUGCCAAAGAGCAGUACGAUGAGGCGGCCCAGAUCCGAGAACUUUUCGCCCAGCCCAUCGAUUGGAGCGAAGAUGUCACUCGCCUAAGCUGA